CUCUUCUCUUGUGGGGAAGGUGGGAGGGGCACUGCCCACCAGCACUCAGAGCUCCAUUGUAUCCCCAGCUGGGGUUGCAGGGUAGUGGGGCGCAGGGGUGUCCCCCAGCCUCAGCAGCCGGAGGGCCUCCGGAAUGAGGCUCCCAGGGUAGCGCCAAAGAAGCAGCUCAGAGCAAGAACUCCUGAAAGAAGAUAUGACAGUCAGGGCAUGCGGCUGAGGCUGGCCUGGCUGAGCCAACUCCCAAGUCCAGGUUCCCAGAGGCUCCUGGGUUCCCAGCACUUUCCAAGGAGCCAAGAUGGGAAAUAACACAGAGGUCAGCUAGAAGCUAAAAAUAGCACGAUGAGGCAGAGCCUGGAAGUUGGCUCUGAGGACUGGGUGUGAUCCUCUAGAAGGCCUAGCCAAGGGGGUUGCCUACCUGAGUGGGGGCAGGGCUGGGGGUAAGGCCAAGUGGGGAGUGCAGUAGGGGUGGUCAUUGUGCAGGCUGAGUCGUGAGAAGUGGGUGGCCAUGUUCUCCUCAGACAGGAACUGCUUGCGCAGGGGCUCUCUGGGGAGAAACGGAGAAAGACAGGCUGGGAUAUUGAGAGGGGAGCAGCCUGAUGAGGACCAGAGGUGACAGAGAUCUUGUUGGGAGUCCCUCCCUGCCCCCAAACUCACUGCUCCUCCUCCAGGCGCCGCUUGGUGCUCAUGGGCACAGCUCCUCGGAGAGGGGAGCUGGGAAAAAAAGAGAGCCAGGUGCACCCCACCCUCUUGGCCCCUUCCCGAGGAUCUGCCCGCCUGAGCCUGCAGCGUCAGCCAGGAGUCCCUAGCCUAUCCCUGUCUCAGCUGACGCCUAAGUCACCCGCCUCUCCGAGGCCAUCCAGCAGCCUACAACGGAAGUCUGGACCGUGAGCCCUUGCUCCAACCCCAUCUCAGCUCAUGCCUAAGCCCCGCCGAUUCCCCUCACCCCGUGUCAUCCUGCAGACCAACCUGAGUCCCAGCCCAAGCUCCUGCGCCCCGUGUUCAGGCCCACCCAGGUCCCCCGCACGCACCUGGCGUCCAGGCCCCGGGUCGCCCCCAAGGCGGCCCGCGAGUGGCGCUGGGCCCGACCCUGGGGGCCUCGCUCCGAGGGCUGCUGUAAGAUCAUUGAGGUUCAGGGUCCUGCAGGCGGGAUCCGGGCUACAGGGGCGGAGUCUCCGAGGGCGUGGUCCAGCGCGAGGGGGCGUGGCUUUAGGCGCUCACGGCGGUGACGAGGUUCCGCGCAGGCGCGGGAGACGGGCAGCACGCGGCUGGAAGGCGGGUCUGUUCGGCGGGGUGGGGGAGGGGAUCUGGCUUAGCUGGGCUGCGGGGGGCGCCGCUUCUUAGUGUCAGGGGGCUUCGCGGCGCUCACCUCGGCUCCUGGGGCUCGGGGUGGUACGUAGCGGCCGCCUUCGCGCCGGGCCGGCCGGCAGUGCAGAGGUUGCGGGGCGCCGCGGAGAGGAAACGUUCGCGGAGACGUCGGGACCCGUGAGGCCGCGUCGCGCGCGGAGCACGCUGGGACUUGUAGUUCUCGGGAUGGAGCGAGCGGUGCCUGUCCCCUUGCCGCUGGGCCAGGCAGAAGUGUUUCAGGCCCUGCAGCGGCUGCACAUGACCAUCUUCUCCCAGAGCGUCUCGCCCUGUGGGAAGUUCCUGGCGGCUGGCAAUAAUUAUGGGCAGAUCGCCAUCUUCAGCUUGUCUGCCGCUUUGAGCUCGGAAGCCAAAGAGGAGAGUAAGAAGCCCGUGGUGACUUUCCAAGCCCAUGAUGGGCCCGUCUACAGCAUGGUCUCCACCGAUCGACAUCUGCUCAGUGCUGGGGACGGGGAGGUGAAGGCCUGGCUCUGGGUGGAGGUCCUCAAGAAGGGCUGUAAGGAACUGUGGCAUCGCCAGCCCCCAUACAGGACCAGCUUGGAAGUGCCUGAGAUCAAUGCUUUGCUGCUGGUCCCCAAGGAGAAUUCCCUCAUCCUGGCUGGGGGAGACUGUCAGUUGCACACUAUGGACCUUGAAACUGGGACUUUCACACGGGCCCUCCGGGGCCACACAGACUACAUCCAUUGCCUGGCACUGCGGGAACGGAGCCCUGAGGUGCUAUCAGGUGGCGAGGACGGGGCUGUGCGACUCUGGGACCUCCGCACAGCCAAGGAGGUCCAGACGAUCGAGGUCUAUAAGCAUGAGGAAUGCUCGAGACCCCACAAUGGGCGCUGGAUUGGAUGCUUAGCAACUGACUCAGACUGGAUGGUCUGUGGAGGGGGCCCAGCCCUCACUCUCUGGCACCUCCGAUCCUCCACACCUACCACCAUCUUCCCCAUGCGGGCGCCACAGAAGCACGUCACCUUCUACCAGGACCUGAUUCUGUCAGCUGGCCAGGGCCGCUGCGUCAACCAGUGGCAGCUCAGCGGGGAGCUCAAGGCCCAGGUGCCUGGUUCCUCCCCGGGGCUGCUCAGCCUCAGCCUCAACCAGCAGCCAGCAGCGCCUGAGUGCAAGGUUCUGACAGCUGCAGGCAACAGCUGCCGCGUGGAUGUCUUCACCAACCUGGGCUACCGAGCCUUCUCCCUGUCUUUCUGACCUCCAAUGACAGCCCCCAUCCCCAGGGUUUUAGAGUGUUUUUUUUGUUUUUUUUUUCAUUUUUUAUAAUAAAGUUUCAGGCUUUU